CGCGCGCGGGUGCUCGGGGCGGGGCCUUGCUGACCAACAGGCAACAGCGAUGCCGCACCUACCCGCUCCAACUCCACUCCACCCACAACAGCCACACCCGCAUUAAGCCCUGCGUAGAAAUAGAAAAAAAAACCUAAAAAAAGCAGCCACGCCCACUGGCCGCGGCGCCGCGCCCCCCUCCCAGUCCCAGCUCGUCGUCUAUAUAAACGGGAACCACCCGGUUGCCACUUUGCGUAGCGAGUUCUGGGCGCAGAGAAUCCCCAGGCGAACAAACAGGGUAGUGGAGAGGAGAGGAGAGGAAGGUUGGGUUCGGACGGAGAGAGCCAGAGGCCAUGGCUCCGAUGAAGCUGUACGGGGCGGUGAUGUCGUGGAACGUGACGCGGUGCGCGACGGCGCUGGAGGAGGCCGGCUCCGACUACGAGAUCGUGCCCAUCAACUUCGCCACCGCCGAGCACAAGAGCCCCGAGCACCUCGCCCGCAACCCGUUUGGUCAGGUUCCAGCUUUGCAAGAUGGUGACUUGUACCUCUUCGAAUCACGUGCAAUCUGCAAGUAUGCUGCUCGCAAAAACAAACCAGAGCUGUUGAGGGUAGGAAACCUUGAGGAGUCAGCAAUGGUGGAUGUUUGGAUGGAGGUGGAGGCAAACCAGUACACCUCUGUAUUGAAUCCCAUCCUCUUCCAGGUUCUCAUCAGUCCGAUGCUUGGAGGAACCACCGACCAGAAAGUUGUGGAUGAGAACCUUGAGAAGCUGAAGAAGGUGCUAGAGGUGUACGAGGCACGUCUGACCAAGUGCAAGUAUCUUGCUGGAGACUUCCUGAGCCUUGCUGACCUUAACCAUGUAUCUGCCACUCUCUGCCUGUUUGCUACGCCCUACGCAUCUGUGUUCGACGCUUACCCGCAUGUGAAGGCCUGGUGGUCUAGCCUGAUGGAGAGGCCAUCUGUCCAGAAGGUCGCUGCCAUGAUGAAGCCAUCAGCUUGAAGCGGGCUGCCCUAUCAAUCGGUGAAUGGAAUAAGCCAAGUUUGUUCUGGGCAUUUGCUUGUUCAGUGAUGUGUCUUCGAUGUUGAAAGUUCAGUGCUUAUGUGUGAGCAUGCUUGUAAUCAGGUCUUGAAUUGUUCUGAAACGAGCAUUCCCGUGCUCGUUUUGAGAAUAAACUUUGCGUUAGGUUCCUCUGGAUCUUGAUGAGUUCUCAUUUGAUGGUUGCUGCUGCAGUGUUCAGGCUGGAUGUUAUCAUUGCAAA